AUGCUUCAUAAAUUUUCAUUGAUGAAUGUAGAACAACAGCUGAAACCUCAUAUCGAUCAAUUAUAUGGUGAUGGUGAUGUUAUAUGGCAGUGUAAUGGUGAUUCGAAACAUCGAUUUCAUUAUGUAUUAGAACAAAUAGAUGAGAUUUUCAAUGAUGGUGUUAAACCUGAAGAACAAGCUGAUAAAAUGGCUGAUAUUUAG